CAGCCUCCGCUCUCUUCCCCCGCGCGGUGCAUCACUUUGCGGACUCCGUGGAGGCUCGGCGCUGCGGCGGGCUCCGGCGGUGGGCGGGCUUCCGCGCAGGGCGGCCGGGCUCCGCGCUGCCGCCGCCGUAGCCCAUGGGCAGAAUCGUCUCGGAAGACCGGGGGUUAGAUCUCGAAGAAGCUUGUGCGAAAACCCAGGUCUGGAUUGAUCUGAAGAACCAGCGAGUACAGACUGGAAAGACCUGGAAGAGGAGCCGAUGUUUAUUCCGUUUAGAGGAGUUUUAUUACAGGUGGAAAGAAAGGCCGCACCAACGAGUGGGAAAGCAACAGCAGAGGAGCGCUGUAGAGUAUUCUGCAGUUUAAGGCGGUGACAAGGGAUGAAGAGGGAUUUAGAGGGAUGAAUUCUUGUUCUCAGAGUAGCAUUAAACCAAAAAGAUGUCCCUAUAUGAUGACCUGGGAGUGGAGACCAGUGACUCAAAAACCGAAGGCUGGUCCAAGAACUUCAAGCUUCUGCAGUCUCAGCUCCAGGUGAAGAAGGCGGCGCUCACCCAGGCCAAGAGCCAAAGGACAAAGCAAAGUACAGUCCUCGCCCCAGUCAUCGACCUAAAGCGAGGAGGCUCUUCAGAUGACCGACAGAUCGUAGACACGCCCCCUCAUGUGGCAGCUGGGCUGAAGGACCCUGUGCCCACUGGGUUUUCUGCAGGGGAAGUUCUGAUCCCCUUAGCUGAUGAAUAUGACCCCAUGUUCCCCAAUGAUUAUGAGAAAGUGGUGAAGCGCCAGAGAGAAGAGCGGCAGAGGCAGCGGGAGCUGGAGCGACAGAAGGAAAUAGAGGAGAGAGAAAAGAGGCGUAAAGACAGACAUGAAGCCAGUGGGUUUUCAAGACGACCUGACCCAGAUUCUGAUGAGGAUGAAGAUUAUGAACGAGAGCGGAGGAAAAGAAGUAUGGGAGGAGCUGCCAUCGCCCCACCGACUUCUCUUGUAGAGAAAGACAAAGAGCUACCCCGAGAUUUUCCUUAUGAAGAGGACUCAAGACCUCGAUCACAGUCUUCCAAAGCUGCUAUUCCUCCCCCAGUUUAUGAGGAGCCGGACAGACCAAGAUCUCCAACGGGCCCCAGCAACUCCUUCCUUGCUAACAUGGGUGGCACAGUGGCUCAUAAGAUCAUGCAGAAGUAUGGCUUCCGGGAAGGUCAGGGACUGGGGAAACAUGAGCAAGGGCUGAGCACUGCUUUGUCCGUGGAGAAGACCAGCAAGCGAGGUGGCAAGAUCAUUGUGGGUGACGCGACAGAGAAGGGCGAGUCUCAGGAUGCAUCCAAGAAGUCGGAUUCAAAUCCAUUAACUGAAAUUCUUAAGUGCCCUACUAAAGUGGUCUUGCUGAGGAACAUGGUCGGUGCAGGAGAGGUCGAUGAAGACUUAGAAGUUGAAACCAAGGAAGAAUGUGAAAAAUAUGGCAAAGUUGGGAAAUGUGUGAUAUUUGAGAUUCCUGGUGCCCCUGAUGACGAAGCAGUGCGGAUAUUUUUAGAAUUUGAGAGAGUUGAAUCGGCAAUUAAAGCUGUUGUCGAUCUGAAUGGGAGGUAUUUUGGUGGACGGGUGGUUAAAGCAUGUUUCUACAAUUUGGAUAAAUUCAGGGUCUUGGAUCUAGCAGAACAAGUUUGAUUGUAACUUAAAGUCACCUUAUUGAUCCUUACAUGAGCUGCAGACUGAACAUUAACACCGGCGUCAGCCUCCAUGGCUGGUGGACACUGAAACUCUUGGAUGGACUUCUGAGAUAUAUGUUGAUGGAUCCCUUUUUUAUUUUGUGUUUUUUUAAUAUAGUAUAAAAAUCCUUUAAAAAUC